AAAAAAAGUCGUGAGAAAGAGAAGGCCUUAGAUGGGAGUGUCCGGCGGCUCCUCCCAAGAAAGAGUCCGACUAACCAACAACUGCCUGGAAGGAGGGGAAAGCGGGGCGUAGUGGUGUUGGGGGGGUGCUAGGGUAAACGUGCUUGGACUAGGGGCCAGGAGCGCGGGCCAUUCUAGGAGUUGUAGUUCCAUGUCUGCUGUGUGAGGCGCGCUUGGAGGAAGUGGCUGGAGAAGGCGGGCGGAACCUCCAGCCAAGGUACUGGGUUCGGUGUUGAGGCGGCGGCACGGAAAAGGCUCAGUGACUGAAGCUCCAAAGGCCAGCAGGCUGGUGGGACGUGACCGAAAGGAGGCUCUAGUUCCCUUACUGUGGGUGCCAGGUGGGCCUCGCCUCUGGCUUCCCCAGGAUGCGCCGGCACCCGGGAAGCGGCUGCGGGCGCGAAGCCUAAGGAUGAUCUUUCCUGUCGCUCGCUACGCGCUCCGGUGUCUGAGACGGCCCGGAGGCCGUGCCUUUUCCCGCGCCGCCAUGGAGGUGGCCCUCCGAGGGGUGCGGAAAGUCCUCUGUGUGGCCGAGAAAAACGACGCGGCCAAGGGGAUUGCCGACCUGCUGUCCAACGGUCGCAUGAGGCGGAGAGAAGGACUUUCAAAAUUCAACAAGAUCUAUGAAUUUGAUUAUCACCUAUACGGCCAGAACGUUACCAUGGUAAUGACUUCAGUUUCUGGACAUUUACUGGCUCAUGAUUUCCAGAUGCAGUUUCGAAAAUGGCAGAGCUGCAACCCUCUUGUCCUCUUUGAAGCAGAAAUUGAAAAGUAUUGCCCAGAGAAUUUUGUUGACAUCAAGAAAACUCUGGAGCGAGAGACUCACCAGUGUCAGGCUUUGGUGAUCUGGACUGACUGUGAUAGAGAAGGUGAAAACAUUGGCUUUGAGAUUAUCCACGUAUGUAAGGCUGUAAAGCCCAGUCUGCAGGUGUUGCGAGCCCGAUUCUCUGAGAUUACACCCCAUGCUGUCAGGACAGCCUGUGAAAACCUGACCGAGCCUGAUCAGAGGGUGAGCGAUGCUGUGGAUGUGAGGCAGGAGCUGGACCUGAGGAUCGGAGCUGCCUUUACUAGGUUCCAGACCCUGCGGCUUCAGAAGAUUUUUCCUGAGGUGCUGUCAGAGCAGCUUAUCAGUUAUGGCAGCUGCCAGUUCCCCACACUUGGCUUUGUGGUGGAGCGGUUCAAAGCCAUUCAGGCUUUUGUACCAGAAAUCUUCCACAGAAUUAAAGUAACUCAUGACCACAAAGAUGGUAUCGUAGAAUUCAGCUGGAAAAGGCAUCGACUCUUUAACCACACGGCGUGCCUAGUUCUCUAUCAGUUGUGUAUGGAGGAUCCCAUGGCAACUGUAGUAGAGGUCAGAUCCAAGCCCAAGAGCAAGUGGCGGCCUCAAGCUUUGGACACUGUGGAGCUUGAGAAACUGGCUUCUCGAAAGUUGAGAAUAAAUGCUAAAGAAACCAUGAGGAUUGCUGAGAAGCUCUACACUCAAGGGUACAUCAGCUAUCCCCGAACAGAAACAAACAUUUUUCCCAGAGACUUAAACCUGACGGUGUUGGUGGAACAGCAGACCCCUGAUCCACGGUGGGGGGCCUUUGCCCAGAGCAUUCUAGAGCGGGGUGGUCCCACCCCACGCAAUGGGAACAAGUCUGACCAAGCUCACCCUCCCAUUCACCCAACCAAAUACACCAAUAGCUUACAGGGAAACGAACAGCGACUGUAUGAGUUUAUUGUUCGCCAUUUCCUGGCUUGCUGCUCCCAGGACGCUCAGGGGCAGGAGACCACAGUGGAGAUCGACAUCUCUCAGGAACGCUUUGUGGCCCAUGGACUCAUGAUUCUGGCCCGAAACUAUCUGGACGUGUAUCCAUAUGAUCACUGGAGUGACAAGAUCCUCCCUGUCUACGAGCAAGGCUUCCGCUUUCAGCCCAGCACUGUGGAGAUGGUGGAUGGGGAGACCAGCCCGCCCAAGCUGCUCACCGAGGCCGACCUCAUUGCCCUCAUGGAGAAGCACGGCAUUGGUACGGAUGCCACUCACGCAGAGCAUAUCGAGACCAUCAAAGCCCGGAUGUACGUGGGGCUCACCCCAGACAAGCGGUUCCUCCCUGGGCACCUGGGCAUGGGACUUGUGGAAGGCUAUGAUUCCAUGGGCUAUGAGAUGUCUAAGCCUGACCUCCGGGCUGAACUGGAAGCUGAUCUGAAGCUGAUCUGUGAGGGCAAGAAGGACAAAUUUGUGGUUCUAAGGCAGCAAGUGCAAAAAUACAAGCAGGUUUUCAUUGAAGCAGUGGCUAAAGCAAAGAAAUUGGACGAGGCCUUGGCCCAGUACUUUGGGAAUGGGACAGAGGUGGCCCAGCAAGAAGACAUCUACCCAGCCAUGCCAGAGCCUAUCAGGAAGUGCCCACAGUGCAACAAGGACAUGGUCCUCAAAACCAAGAAGAACGGCGGGCUCUACCUCAGCUGCACGGGUUUCCCAGAGUGUCGCUCAGCCAUAUGGUUUCCUGACUCGGUGCUGGAGGCCAGCAGGGAUGGCAGUGUGUGUCCAGUUUGUCAGCCACACCCUGUGUACAGGUUGAAGUUAAAGUUUAAGCGUGGUAGCCUUCCCCCGACCAUGCCCCUGGAGUUUGUUUGCUGCAUCGGAGGAUGUGACGAGACCCUGAGGGAGAUCCUGGACCUGAGAUUUUCACAGGGCCCCCCAAGGGCUAGCCAGCCCUCUGGCCGCCUGCAGGCCAGCCAGUACCUGAACAGGAUGGACAGCAGCCACCACCCCCAGCCUGCUGACGGCAGACAGACUGGGCCCUCAAAGGCUCUGGCCUGGACCCUCCCACCACCCACGGCUGCUGGUGAAAGCAACUCGGUGACCUGCAACUGUGGCCAGGAGGCUGUGCUGCUCACUGUCCGUAAGGAGGGUCCCAACCAAGGCCGGCAAUUCUUUAAGUGCAACACGGGUAGCUGCAACUUCUUCCUAUGGGCAGAUAGCCCCAAUUUGGGAGCAGGAGGACUGCCCACCUCAGCAUAUAGACCCCUAGGUGGCUCCCUGGGAUGCCCACCAGGCCCAGGGACCCACCUGGGUGGGUUUGGCAACCCUGGUGUUGGCAGUGGUAAUGGCACAUCCUGCCUGUGUAGCCAGCCCACCGUCAAACGGACUGUGCAGAAGGAUGGGCCCAAUAAGGGGCGCCAGUUCCACACAUGUGCCAAGCCGAGAGAACAGCAGUGCGGCUUCUUCCAGUGGGUCGAUGAGAACAUGGCUCCAGGGACUUCUGGAGCCCUGCCCUGGAAAAGAGGCGGAGGAGGAACCCUAGGGUUGGAGGCCAGAAGCAAAAGGCCCCGGGCCAGUUCCUCAGACAUGGUAUCCACAGCAAAGAAACCCCGGAAAUGCAGCCUUUGCCACCAGCCUGGACACACCCGUCCCUUUUGUCCUCAGAACAGAUGAGGGCAGGGUAGGGUAGAGCACACCACUUUCUCAGACCUGUCCCCUUUGUGUUGGGGAAUGAGUUAAUCAGGACCAAGUGGCCAUUCAGUGUCCUGGAAACUUGGAGAACACUGUUGGCCUUUGGAGUUGGGCCUUCCUGUGUUAAGGAGCACAAGGUCCAGACCACUCUGGAGCAGGUCAGCUCUGCUGGACAGUGGCUCUCUGCCCAGCCACUGCUGAAAAGUCACACAGCUGCUCCCUCAAACUCCCCAAGGAUGGUUGCUGUUAGCAGAGAACUGGUGCAGUCCCAGCUGAAGCCCACUGAGUGGCCAAGCAAGAAGCUCCCAGGGCUGCUUCCUUCACCUCCAGAAAGCCCCAAGUGAGCAGCCAGCACUCAUGAAGCAGGCCCUAUCCAGGCUGCCCCGGGCUUCUCUCCAUAGAUGUUCUGAGGAGCAUGGUGUAAUGCAAGGAGGUGGCUGUGGUAACAUUGAUUCUGCAGAAUAAGCUUCAUUGUCUCUCCAGUUAAGCCAGGACACCCAGAAUUCAUUGCCUUAAUAAAGAAUCCAGGCUGGGUGCAGGUGCUCAUCCCAGUACUUUGGGAGGCCAGGGUGGUCAGAUUGCCUCAGCUCAGGAGUUCAAGACCAGCCUGGGCAAACACAGUGAAACGCUGUCUCUACUAAAAUACAAAAAAUUAGCUGGGCGUGAUGGUAUGCACCUGUAGUCCCAGCUACUUGGGAGGCUGAGGCGGAGGUUGCAGUGUGCCAAGAUCACGCCAUUGCACUCCAGCCUGGGCAACAGAGCAAGACUCCAUCUCCAAAAAAAAAAAAAAGUAAUCUUAACCUUACAUGACCUCCUGUGUCUGGUUUGACUUGGCUCAUCCACAUUGUAGCAUGUGUCAGUCCUUGAUGUUUAUUGCUGUUAGUCCACUGUAUGAAUAUGCCACAUAUUUAUCCAUUUGUCAGUUGAUGGACAUUUGGGUGGUUUCCACCUUUUGACUAUUGUGAAUAGCACUGUGUGAACAUUGGUGUAUGGGUGUCUGACCCAUUUUCAGUUAUUUUGGGCAUAUGCCUAGCAAUGGAAUUGUAGGUUCAUACCAUGUUUUAACUUUUUGAGGAACUGCCAAACUUUUCCACAGUGGAUGCACCAUUUUACACCCACCAAACAGCGCACCAGAGGUCGUGCUUCUCCACAUCCUGUGAACACAUUUUUUUUUUAUUAUACAAUGAGAUGCCACUCCAUACACUAGGAUGACAUCCUAGUGUAUUGUCAUCCUAGUGUAUGGAGUGACAUCUCAUUGUGGUUUUGAUUUGCAUUUUCCUAGUCACUAAUGACAUUGACCAUCUUUCCACAGGCUUACUUACUGGCUGUUGGUGUACAUUCUUUGGAGAAUGUCUAUUUAAGUUCUUCACCCAUUUUUUUUAUUUUUUAUUUUUUGAGAUGGAGUUUUGCUCUUGUUGCCCAGGCUGGAGUGCAGUGGUGCAACCUCAGCUCACUGCAACCUCUGCCUCCUGGGUUCAAGAGUUCUCUUGCAUCAGCCUCUCAAGUAGUUGGGAUUACAGACAUCCACCACCACACUGAGCUAAUUUGUACUUUUAGUAGAGAUGGAGUUUUACCAUGUUGGCCAGGCUGGUCUAGAACUCCUGACCUCAGGUGAUCCACCUGCCUUGUCCUCCCAAAGUGCUGGGAUUAUAGGCAUGAGCCACUGCGCCUAGUUUCUUCACCCAUUUUUAAAUCGGUUGUCUUCGUUGAGUUGUAGGAGUUCUUCAUAGUUUCUGGAUACCAGAUGCCCUUCGUGGUUUUUGUGUCUCUCUGCAGGCAACUCCUGUGUUUCUCAAAACCAAACUGCAGGAUUUGGCUGCACCAUGAACUGGGCUGGGCAUCUGAGAUCAGACCCAGGCUCAGCUCCUGCUUCCUGGCUUGCUCUGCCACCCUUGGUGUGUGCCCUCAUCCCUGGAGCCCCAGUUGCCUCAUCCAUAAUGGGGUAUCCUUGUUUAUAUUGAGGUUCUCUGGUGAAGGCUUGCAGUCAGGUACAACUGCAAAUUAAAGUUUCACAAAUCAAA